AUCUUUGAUAGUUAGGAAUAAUGGGUGAUAGGGAUUGUUGCCUAACAAGAUGUGUUGAUGGUUCAGUCCUCAAUAACAACUGCCUCUUCAAAUGCCGCCGAUCCUCAACGUUUCGACUUUGCGACCCGUCCAUGACUCUUCUAAGCUAGCGAGCGCUCGGACGUUCCAGCUGAAUGCUGCCCGUGGCAAACCAGCCAAUCAGGGAGAGAAUAGGAAAGGAAGUUGCAUUCUUUCCUCCCGUCUGCUCCCAGGCUAAGCAUCAGAACUUUGUUUCUAUCUCGGCAUGGAUGCGUCAGACGACCCCAUGCGAGGCUUCCAAAAGGCAGCCGUGUGCUCUAUCUGCCUCGAAUAUUUCAAGGACCCUGUCUCUAUCGACUGCGGGCACAACUUCUGUUUGGGCUGCAUCACCCAAUGCUGCGAGAAGUCCAAGAGACACUUCUGUUGCCCUCACUGCCGAAGGAGAGCUUGCAAGCGAGAUUUCAGGCCUAAUCGGGAACUGGCCAGUAUGAUCGAAAUAGCCAAAAGGUUCAAGCUGCGGGCGGAGCAAGCUGCAGAAGGGAUGGGGGUGUGCGAGGGGCACCAGGAACCUCUGAAACUCUUCUGCGAAGAUGACCAAACCCUCAUCUGCGUGGUAUGUGACAGAUCCAAAGAACACAGAGCUCACGCGGUGCUCCCCAUACAGGAGGCGGCCCUGGACUAUAAGGAACAAAUUCAGAAUCAAUCGCAGAGUCUUAAGCAAAAGAGAGAGAAACUGCAGGAGCUUAAGCAGGCUGGUAAGAGGACAACUGAAGAAAACCUGGAAAGGUUAGAUGCUGAAAGGAGGAAGGUAGCCGGUGAAUUUGAACUGCUGCAUCAGUUUCUUGAAGAAAUAGAACAGCCCCUUCUGGCCCAACUGAAUGAGCUAGAGUUGGAGCUUAAGAAUGGGCAGGAGGAAAAGGAUGCCAAAUUAUCUGAGGCGGUUUGUGUUCUGGAGGAUCUGAUCAACGAGAUGGAGGAGAAGUGCAAACAGCCAGAUAGUGAAUUCCUGAAGAAUGCCAAGGACAUAUUGAGCAGGUCUAACAAGAGGCCACUUAGCUUGCCUUUGAAGAUGCCUCCAGACCUAAAAGAGAAACUCAGUGUAUUUGCUCAGAAAAGUAUUUCCCUAGCAGAAACCCUAAAAAGAUUCAAAGACUCUUUAUCAUUUGAACUCCAAGAAAAAGAAAAGGAUAUCUCUUUAGAAAUAGCAAAUGUGACCCUGGAUCUGGACACAGCAGGCCCCUACCUCAUUCUUUCUGAUGAUGGGAAAAGUGUGCGGUUGGGAGACACACGCCAGAAACGUGCUAACUCUCGAGACCGAUUUAAUGUGUAUCCUUGUGUGCUAGGCUGCGAAGGGUUUACCUCAGGGAAGCACUCCUGGGUGGUUGAGGUGGUGGAAGAGGGAUGUUGGGCUGUAGGUGUUGCCAGAGAGUCUGUGAAAAGGAAGGAGAAACUCAACUUCCGGCCUGAAAAGGGGGUCUGGGCUUUGGAGCAUUUCGGGGCCAACCAUUACAGAGCUCUGACCUCCCCUCCGACCCCCCUGCCCCAAAGAAAGGCCUACAGAAGAGUCCAGGUGUUUUUGGACUAUGAAGAGGGCCAGGUGGCAUUUUUUGAUGCAGAGAAUGAAGACUGGAUCUUUACCUUCCCAUCAAACCACUUUGCAGGGGAAAGAGUUCAUCCGUGGUUGUGGGUGGGGCUCAGAUCCCAGCUCAGACUUUAUCCCUAGGCUUACGCAUACUUUAAAACAAACAAAAAACAGGAGUAACUGCAAUUGAUGUCUGUACUGCAGUUUGGUCCGAGUACUGCAAGUGGAGAAUAAGUAUGAGGCUGUCCUAUAUUCCCUUCUUUCUCCACACACACCCUUCCCAUGAAGUGUAUUGCAAACCUAUAUUUUUCCAGCCAUCAAUGACUGUGGUGAGAGACUCUAUCUCUGGUUUCAAUAUGAACACAGCUUGCGUUUCAAGUACCUAAAAUCCACACCGAGAUCCGUAGGCUAUCUGAAAAGCUACAUAAUUUUUGAAGUUUCUGUUGUGAAUUGUACUGGAUAACCUGUCCAUACAUGGUGAGGUGAGGGAAAUUAUACUAUUCAUUUCCCACACACUCUUAGCUGUUUGGAAUACUUAGCUGUGCAAGCUUGGCUGGGAAGAAGUGACUUAGCAUUCUUGCCCUGAUAUUUCAAUGCAGCCCCAAUCCAAGAGCAUAAAACUACAGCAGAUCCUCCUGCUGUUAAAAAUACUGCAGAUCAGAUACAAGAUUUGGGCAGAACAAAUAGGAAAGGGGCAGCACCAUGUUCUAUCUGAUAGAAAAAUGACUAGAUGUAGUAUACUGAGCCAUGAGGGUGAACUCACUAAAGUCUUAACAGUGGACUCAUUACUGUUGGCUCCUUCAGCCUCUCGUGUUGUGAGAUUCAGGGGAACAGCUUAAACCUCAGCUAUCAUAUAGUGAUGGUAACAUAGCACGGACCUUUUAAGAGAUGUUCUGCUUGAUUAGAUGUGGCAGGCCAGAGGGAUUUGUAGGAUUCUUUAAAACUCAGGAUUAGGGUAAAAAAGGUAAAGGUGUCCCCACACUUGUAGUGCGAGUCGUUUCCGACUCUUAGGGUGAUGUCUUGCGAUGUUUACUAGGCAGACCGUAUAUAUGGGUUGGGAUUGCCAGUUCCUUCCCCGGCUUUUCUUUACCCCGCAGCAUAUGGCGGGUACUCAUUUUACCAACCACGGAUGGAUGGAAGGCUGAGUGGACCUCGACCCCUUUUACCUGAGAUUUGACUUCCUCCUUCCGUUGGAAUCGAACUCCGGCCGUAAGCAGAGCUUCGGCUCCAUUACUGCCGCUUACCACUUUGCGCCAUGGAGAGGAUUAGGGAGGGAGAAUGAAAGCAGAGAGGGCCAUGGGGGUUUCUAAAACCAAAUCUUUACCAUAAGUGCUGUUAAUGUGAAAAACAAUUCCGAACUAAAAAUAAAUGAUUGUAAAAUAUUCAUAUCAGUGGUGUGCAUGUGGCUGCACUGCAGGCCUUAAGAGAAAAGUGUGGGUUAGUCCUAUUUUUCCAUUUGCCCCUAAGGUUUUUUUUAUUAGGGGAGUGGCUCAUUCCAGUGUUGCAAGUAGGGUGGCAAAUUUACCAGGAGCAAGCUCCGUGAAUUUUCUUGGCCUCCCCAGAGUUUCACUUAACGUCUAUUUGCAAGGAAGCACAAAACUUGCUUUACUCAAGAGGUGAGUCUAGAGUCAAAAGGACUUACUCCUAAAUCAAUGCAAAUGAGAUUCCAAUCCCAUGUCCCAUUUCAGACUUAUUUUUGGUGCCAUUUAAUUUUGUGUGCAAUUGCAGAUUGGUCCUCAGGUGUGCAGUUUACAAAACAAAGCCACUGUGAGCUGAAUUGUAUUAUAGUAGUUAAACACACGGUUGCAUCCAGUGUUUAUAAUUCUUAGAGGAGACCCAUUGAAAUUAAGGCACUUGCCUAGCUUAGGUACAUUUAUUUUUAGUGGGUUUAUUCUGACUGGUACUUAGCUGGAUACAACCUAAAAAUUCUGAGCUCAAAGCCCCUUGUUUGGUGCAGGUGGGAACUCAGUGGGAGUCCUUCAGCAAGCUGCUAUCCCUCAGCCCUUCUAAAAUAGAGCUACGGGGUAAGAAUUACUGAGAGAGAGUGUGUAUAAAAGCACCUUCACCGGUCGAAAAAAGUGCCAUAUAAAUAUGAACUGCUAGCAGGGAUGGUCCGAGGGCAUACUUUGUUCCAGGCCUUGGGUCUGCCCCUCCCCCCCUUUUUAAAAAAAUUGCUUCUAGGGCAGCUGGGUGCUGUGUAAAGCACAGUGCUCAUGAGGCCUCUAGCUAAUCACCAUUUAAAGUUUGCUCAGAGACAUCUAUACAUAUUCAUCAGCACUUGCAAAUUUGAAGUCAUGGGCCUUUGCCCAGUGUCCUUUAAGUACCUAGCAACACCCCUGACUGCUAGAAGGUUAGUUUCCCUUCUGACCACAUCACACCCCUCUUUAUUUUUGUGCUGCUUUUUAGGUGCACAACCUCCUAAGGGAUUUACAAAGUGUUGAGCCUCCUUCAUAUGAAUAACAAGCUUAUUCUCAGAGUGUGGAUUCUUAUUCUGUCAAACUGACAUCAUGCACACAAAAAGAGGGAGAUAGCAGGCACAAGGAAGCCUUGAUUCUUGAUUCCAAAUCAUGUUUUAAAUCCCCCACAAAGUAACUGCAUGUCAUGCUUUUGUCUGCUCUGUUGGACCAGUGUACAGACAUAGUUUGUCAUUUUGUUGUUGUUAUGUGCCUUCAACUCAAUUACGACUUAUGGUGCCCCUAUGAAUCGGUGACCUCUAAUAGCAUCUGUUGUAAACCGCCCUGUUCAGAUCUUGUAAGUUCAGGUCUGUGGCUUCCUUUAUGGAAUCAAUCCAUCUCGUGUUUGGUCUUCCUCUUUUUUCACUCCCUUCUGCUUUUCCCAUCAUUAUUGUCUUUUCUACUGAAUCAUGUCUUCUCAUUAUGUGUCCAAAGUAUGAUAACCUCAGUUUCAUCAUUUUAGCUUCUAGUGAUAGUUCUGGUUUAAUAUGUUCUAACACCCAAUUAUUUGUCUUUUUUGCAGUCCAUGGUAUCCACAAAGCUCUCCUCCAACACCACAUUUCAAAUGAGUUGAUUUUUCUCUUAUCUGCUUUUUUCACUGUCCAACUUUCACAUCCAUGCAUAGAGAUUGGGGAUACCAUGGUCUGAAUGAUCCUGACUUUAAUGUUCAGUGAUACAUCUUUACAUUUGAGGACCUUUUCUAGUUCUCUCACAGCUGCCAUCCCCAGUCCUAGCCGUCUUCUGAUUUCUUGACUAUGGUCUCCAUUUUGGUUAAUGACUGUGCCGAGGUAUUGAUAAUCCUUGACACGUUCAAUGUCCUCAUUGUCAACUUUAAAAUUACAUAAAUCUCCUGUUAUUACUUUAGUCUUUUUGACGUUCAGCUGUAGUCCUGCUUUUGCGCUUUCCUUUUUAACGUUCAUCAGCCUUCAUUUCAAAUCAUUACUGGUUUCUGCUAAGAGUAUGGUAUCAUCUGCAUAUCUUAAAUUAUUGAUAUUUCUCCCUCCAAUUUUCACACCUCCAUCUUGGUCCAAUCCCGCUUUCCGUAUAUUUUCUGCGUAUAGAUUAAACAAAUAGGGUGAUAAAAUACACCCCUGUCUCACUCCCUUUCCUACGGGGAACCAAUCAGCCUCUCCAUAUUCUUUCCUUACAGUAGCCUCUUGCCCAGAGUAUAGGUUGCACAGUUUGUCAUUUUAGGGACUUGUAAAUAGCUUCCAAACAUGUAAUCAUGGUGGUCUUUGUUAUGUUCAAAAAUGUGGGCUUUAUACUCAAGUGAGUGUCUCAAAUGUGCUGUGCUAUGCAAAUAUUGUAUUGGUUUAGCACUGGUUUAACUGUCAUAUCAAUACCAACACAGUUUUAGAUAGAAGAAAAUUCAGUUGUAGAAUGACACAAAUCCAUAUUGGGGGAACCACCAAAACAACUCAGGAUGACAAAAAUGCAUCCAACUAAAUAAGUUAUCUCUUCCUUGAAAUAUCGCUGGAUGGUUAAAUGAAGCUCCAGACUCCCAUUUUUGGGAUUAUAUUAAUAAGCAGAUCGCCUUUGCUGAUUUAGUUUUUCAGUGUCAGGCUUCUUCUAACAUGCAUUGGGGUCAGAGCAGUCGGGAGUCUGGCAUUGAGGUAAUUCUGGGUAGGGGACGUUACAGUGGUGAGAGGUUGAUUAGCUAUCGCAAGGGAAGGGAUAUAAGACAUCUUUGUGCUUGCUUCCCUCCUGAUCCCCUUCCCAACCCAUGGGACACUGGCAGUCAUGCAGGGAACUCCCUGGACUUUACUGUUCUGCUGAUGAAUGCAAGGUCAGUGGCUAAUAGAACCACUUUAAUCCAGGAUUUAAUCCUGGAUGAGUGUGCUGACAUUGUGUGCAUUACUGAAACCUGGCUAAAUGACCAGGGCGGAGUGGGACUUUCCCAGCUCUGCCCCCCAGGUUUUGUCGCAUUCCAGCAGCCCAGAUCCAGGGGACGGGGAGGUGGGGUUGCAAUUGUCUGUAGGGAAUCUAUCUCCCCUGUCAGAUAUCCUGUCCCUAACUCCUCUGACUUUGUGUGUGCCUGGUGUUGGCUCAGGGUGACAGAGUUGGGACUCUGUUGGUGUACCGUCCACCCUGCUGUGCAACAGUCUCCCUUCCUGAGCUGGUGGAGCUGGUCUUGGCGUUGGUGUCACGGUUUCACAAGCUGAUAGUCCUGGGUGAUUUCAACAUACAUGCUGAGGUUAAUCUCAUAGGUCCAGCUCAGGACUUCUUGGCUGCCAUGACAACCAUGGGGCUGUCCUUAAUAUCUUCUGGACCAACUUAUGUGGCAGGACACACGCUCAACCUUGUGUUCUGUUCGGGAUAGGAAGCCGGUGAUCUGAGGGUGGAGGGGUUCUCAGUGACUCCAUUGUCAUGGUGAGAUCACCACCUGAUUAGGUUUAGGUUUACACUUUGUGCCCCGGAUAACCCCCGCAGGAGUGAUGGGCUGAUUAAGAUGGUCCGCCCCCAGAGACUUAUGGAUCCUGAUGGUUUCCUGAGCGCUCUAGGGGAUGUUCCCAGCAUGGCUGGCGCUACUGCCGAAGCCCUGGUGAACCUCUGGAAUACAGAGGUGACCCAGGCAGUGGACACCAUUGCUCCAAAGCGCCCUCUCCCACCAGGGAAGGCCCGUAAUGUGGCACAGUGUGUAAUUUGUGUGCUUAAUUUAGUUUAAAGCAACACCACAGCAGCAGAAUAACAGCAGAUGUUGAAAUACGAGUGUGGCAGCGUGUGCAUGCGUUUACCAAAGAAAGCAGGCUUUUACCCUGCAUCAGCAUCACUGAGACUGGAGCCUUAGUAAAAUAAGAAAAGCUACUUUAUUUAUAGAAAUACAUAGUAGAUAGAAAAGCGAGAUGGGAGAACUGGAGUGCUUGGUCUUAGAGGAGAGCAUUGAUAUAGUGAGCAUAACGGAGACCUGGUGGAAUGGAGAAAACCAGUGGGAUAUGGUUAUCCCUGGAUAUAAACUAUAUCGGAAGGACAGGGAAGGACGUAUUGGUGGCGGAGUCGCUCUAUACGUGAAAGAAGGCAUUGAAUCCAGCAAGCUCGAAACCCCAGAAGAAGCAGACUCCUCCACAGAAUCGUUGUGGGUGGUGAUACCGUGCCCCAGGAGGGACUUAAUACUGGGAACGAUCUAUCGUCCCCCUGAUCAAAAUGCUCAGGGAGACCUUGAGAUGAGAUAUGAAAUUGAGGAAGCAUCCAAACUAG